AGUGGUGUCGUUAAGCAAAAGAAACAUCAAUAACUAGGUGCGCUGACGAUACACGUACGAAACGGCGUCUGAAUAAACCCGCUACAAACACCAUUUGUACAUGCGCUGCUGCGCAGGACAGGAACGAUACUAGUUGGUUUAGCCGUGUUUUUAAAACGAUCAACUGAAAAAUAUGGCCUUUUUACAGAUCAUCUUUGAAGUUACUCUGAUUAUUACUUCCAUCGGGGACAACGUUGUUAAAGGCAUAGCAACCACAACUGUUGAUUGCAUGGAUGAUGGAAUUCGUGGACACAGUACACGGUUAGUCUGCACAAUAACUGGCACUAUAGUUGGUGGAAUUAAUUGGAUACGACCAAAUGGAUCACCAAAACAUGUGAUACACUGUAACUAUGCUAAUAACUUGUGUCUACCAUCAGGAGGUAUAACGGGAUACAGUGUUACUAUUGACUCGCCUACACAGCAUACUCUUACAAUAGAGUCCUUUGACAUUGCUACAGAUGCUGGAAAAUGGCUUUGCAUGGAUGGAACAUCAAUUUCUGGACAUUGUAACAAGACUUUCAAGUAUGGUCCAGAUCCAAGCAAUGUGACAUUGAUUCCUCCACCAUCUACAAGCGUGAAAGAAGGGUGGGAUCUGAAUGUCACCUGUGAUGCAUACUGUAUGCCAGUGUGUUCCUACUCUUGGACAGAGAGCAGUCGAACGGUCUGUUUAAGCUCACUUUUAAAUCUGACUAACAUCAGAAGGAACCAAGAUGGGAAGAUUUGCAUAUGUAUUCUAAACAGUGCUGCUAUACACGUGGCUUUUAUUAAACAUCUCCGUCUCAUAGAAAAAUUUAAAGGCAGUGUUACUUUCAGUUCUACUGCAAGUGUCGAAGAAGGACACUAUCUGACUGUGGACUGCACUGCUGACUGUAACCUGACAUGUGACUACUCCUGGACACUAGGUGGUAAUCAAAUCACAACAAGUCCUCUGUUAAAUCUGACAGACAUCAGCAGGAAUCAGGACGGGAAUGUGUACAACUGUACAGUGACCAACUCUGCUCUACCUAAAACUAUAAGUGAGCAGUUCAUACUGACGGUGCACUAUGGCCCAGUUGAAGGCAGUGUUACUUUCAGUUCUACUGCAAGUGUCGAAGAAGGACACUAUCUGACUGUGGACUGCACUGCUGACUGUAACCCGCCAUGUGACUACUCCUGGACUCUAGGUGGUAAUCAAAUCACAACAAGUCCUCUGUUAAAUCUGACAGACAUCAGCUGGAAUCAGGAUGGGAAUGUGUACAACUGUACAGUGACCAACUCUGCUCUACCUAAAACUAUAAGUGAGCAGUUCAUACUGACGGUGCACUAUGAUCCAGAACGCAUGUCGACCUUAAAUGCAGGUGCUAUAUCGGGAAUUGUGAUUGCUGUUGUUCUGGCUCUUGCUAUUCCUACUGUGUGGAUACUUUAUAAGAGGAAAAUAAAGAAGAAAGCUGAAGAUGUACAGAACGAAUCAAAUAACUAACGAAAACCGAAAUCUAGCUUACAACUCUUCAUGUUUCCGUAAUUAGUACCUGAAUACUGAAGACAGAAACGUGCUAACGUUAGAACUCCAUGUUAUCUUUUUUUCAGUUCGUAUGAAACUGCAUCAGUAAACAAGGCUCUUUUUUGUUAGGUGUUUCAGUAUUUUACAUUUGGUUGUUUUUCUAUAAAUAAAAUUGCAGCUGAAAGUAGACUAAAGUUGAAGUACCAUAGCUAGAAGUGCAGUAUUUCACUAGUUUUACAUUUGUUGUCCAAAAUAACAAUUGUUUGUUUGCAUAAAACGGUAACUGAUGAAUUAGCUUGUAACUGUGUAAUGAAUAAUGUUAAAUUCAUAUAAAAAAACAUUAUUAGUUUUAAACUCAUAAAAUUUUCACAAACAAAAAGGAUGGGGGGGGGGGGGGGCAAAAAAUUAUGAACUGUAAACAUUAUAUCUCAAAAUGCUGAAAUGUCUAGUUUAGGCAUUUUUACCUGAAUUGUUACUUAUAAUCAAUAAAGCAAUACAAGGACAUUGAAGGCAGAAUUGCAUGUGCAAUUACUUUAUUCAGCUGUUUCAUAUAUACAAUGUGUUUUUUGUCCUAAUCUAUAUAUUACAAAAUAAAAUGAAAACUAACUGCUAAAACAUUAGGACACCUAUACUAGAUAUUUAAUUUAUGUAUAUUUUAUAUUUAAUAUGUAUUUAAUAUGUAAUUAUAGUCACAACACAUUAAUAAAAAAAAAAACCUAACUAAUUUGAGUUUCUAUGGGUAUAAAACUUCACUAUAUGUUUCAUCGGUUCCCAUUUCAUGCAAACGGGCUAUACAUAUUUACCGAUCCCACAUAAAGUAUGUGUAUAAAUAACAAUAUCAGAAUUGUACAGUGUGUGCAUUAUAUACACAGAUUCACGUUCAGUACGACUAUAGUGUGUCCCAACCUCGUACAAACAAGUUUUAUUAUAUAAACAGAUUCACGUUCAGUACGACUAUAGAGUGUCCCAACCUCGUA